AUGUUGCCUCUAGGAUCACCAUCAACAUCAUCAUCGUCUUCGGAAGAACAAGCAACCGGAUUAAAGAAACUCUUUAACAAGAUUUGGUCAUUUGGCUCUACAAUUGCUGGAAUGGGACUAACAACGGGAACAGCUCUUGUUAUUUUGUACUUGCCAAUCAUGAUGACCCAAGAUAAUGAAAAGCUUGCUAUUUACCGAUUGAUGGCUAAUGCCUUCGGAAUCAAGUUAGACUUGAACCCACAACAAGCAAAUGCGAACGCUAACAGUCAAUCAAUGGACAGAUUUGUGUAA